GUCGGGACCGCCCCGGGAGGAAGCGGCGGGGCCCGGCCCGGAAGAGGCGGGGAGAGGCGGUGGCUGGAGGCGACUGACGGUGCUGGUUUUCAGAAUGACUUCAGUGGUUGAUACACCCUUGAAUUAUGAAAAGAUGUUUGCUCAUCGAUUCACAUCAGAGGAUGAAGAAUACCAAGAAUAUCUGAAGCGCCCUGCAGAUCCCCCUCCUAUAAUUGAAGAAUGGAGAAACAGAUCUGGUGGCAACCAGAGAAACAGAGAUCGGUUUCAAGAUGGUAGAUAUUUUAGAGGGGACAGAUACAACUGGCAAGGUGAUUACAGGUCUAAUCAGAGGCAAGAAAGAAGUUGGGGUAAUAACUACCAGCAGCACAGACAAGGACAAUCAUACUCCUCCCACUAUGGACAAUAUGGCUACAACUCCUACAGCCCAGGGCCUCGUUACCAUCCCUACUGAUCCUUGUGCUUUGAAAGUGUAGUCAUGAUGUGUAACAAAUUCUGUUUUUUUAUUUUUCCACAGUUUUUAGUUAACUGAAUAAUCAGUAGUACAGUCUGUUGCUGUUUAUCUGUAGUGUAAAUUGAAAAAGGGAAUACCUUUUAUGAAUAAUAGAAACAUAUUAUACAGUUUGUUUAGAAUCUGUAGAUCUUAGAUUAAAUUUCUUUUAUUUUUUUGGUCUGAAUACAUAAAAGUACACUUGUUUUCUUCCAUCACUGAGAUUUCUCUGUUACUUUUUAGAAAACACAACAGGCCAGGGGAAAAGAGCUGUAGUUUGUGUGCAGCAUGUAGCAGUGGCAUAUUGCCUUAAGAUAGUUAUUUUUGAAAGUGACAUACUGUGUCUUUCUUUGGAGAGAAUUUCUUACUUUGGCUUUUGAUAGUGAGAAAAAGCUCAGUUUGGUUUGAAAUUCAGAUGCCUGAAAGCUAAGAAGAGAGAUGCUGUUACAGAAAUAGUUUAUGGGGUCAGCAUAGUGUCUGUUGACUCAACCACUUCAGUUUAUCUGCAGUAUUCCUCUUAAACCAUGGUCUAAAAGUUGGAAUAAAAAUUAAGUAGUUUAAGUAUGUAUCUUCCUUUGUAGCAGUUCAGAGAUACACAAGAGUUUUACCUGAGAAAUGAUAUCAGACAGAUGAAAUUGUGUAAUCUUAACACUUGGUGUAUGCACAAAGAAUUCUGGAAUUUCAGCAAAGCAGUAAUAGUAUGAUAAGAAUUGUAAUUAGUUUGUAUUAAAUAAUUUGUCUGUGCUAUAGAAGAAAUUAACCAUAAUCAGUACUGUUCUGUACACUUUUUCCAUGAGAAAAUACCAUAACUUCGCAGAGUGUUAUUCAGUUCUUAGAAUGUAAGUUCUGUGGGUUUUGAAGUAUUCAGCACAAUAAAAGUAUAGUUCACAUAA